AUGGCCCAACCAAAUCCCUAUCUGCUUGCUUGCGACAACCCGUCAGCCCUAUUGGAACUACUGCGCUCAAAUCCCUCAAUCGCUUCCUGUCAGGAUGAACAUGGGUACUCCCUCCUCCACGCUGCUGCCUCAUAUGGCCAUAUCGAUCUUCUCCGAGCACUCGUGAAAGAAUUCAAUGUGGACGUCAACCUUCUCGAUGAAGAUGGAGAGACCUGCUUGUAUGUGGUUGAACAACCCAAAAUAGCCCGGUGCUUGAUUGAGGAGCUUGGCGUGGACUAUAACAAGACAAAUCACGAGGGUGUCAAGGCUCUUGAAAAGAUUGAAGAAGAGGAUGACUAUCCUCAGGUUUCUGCCUAUCUCCGAGAAGCUGUUGGAGCUCCUGCUAUUGCUUCAACAGACUCACCUGCAGGUCCUUUGAAUGCCCCACCGCCUAUUCCGAAUAAUAUGCAGGUGAAUAUUGGUACGAUGUCGGAGCAAGAGGCGAGCGCUGGUGAAGUUGAUCCUGAGUUUAAGCGACGUAUUGAUGAGUUGGCAGCCCGGGAAGACUUUGACAGCGAGGAAACUCAGAACGAGCUGCGAGAACUGGUCAUGGAUGCCAUUUCAGGUUCUAGCAUUCCAGUAGAACGUGAGACCCGGAGGAGGUUCGAAUGA